AUGACUGAAAAGCCCAGCACUCCCAUCUCGUCUCCCAAAAUCCCCAAAACCCUCAAGUUCUCGGAGCCAUCGACCCCGUCGGGCGAUAAGAAGCAGCGCCGGCUCUCGGGCUUUCUCACGACUCCGGACCACCGACUCGAUGGUCUUCCGUAUUCUCCAUCCGUCAAACGGCCCAGUUCUGACCUCCUGGCAGGACUUAGUAGCCACAACGUCCAGAGCCCCCAGUACAAUAACCUCUUGAAGACCCCUCGCCACAGCACUGCUGGGUACGACAGCGAUGAUAACGAGCUGUCGGUGAAGCAUAAGAUGCAGAAAACUCCCACGUACUUUUGGCUGGGAAAGAAGUUGUUCACCGACGAGGCUGCCAACCACAAACGCGAGGAGUUGAACGAAAUAACCUUGCAGCUCAAGGGUAAGUUGAGUAGUGCCAUUGACAAGUUGCAGAAACAACAGAAGUACACCAAAAACAAAUAUAGCUUCAAGUUCACCGAGUUGAAUUUGACCGACACGUCGCCCACCCAAGGUCUGCGGCCGUCACUUGAACAGCACUUAGCGCAAUCACCCCAGACGGACCUUCCGCGGCCUUCCAUCACCAGGGACUUAUCACAAGAUGAAUCGGCCCUCAGCAAGGCCAACCGUAAUCUCCAGACGUUGACCAACGAUCCAGAGGACAUUUCGCAGCCAAACCCUUUUCUCCAGGGAGAGUCACUCCACACGUCGCCGGUUUUAACUGAAAAACGGGAGAGAAUCAUCAACAUUCCCAGCCCUGAUGAAGACUCGAGUGCCCAUGCAGCCUUGAUGGCCACCUUGUCGAGACAACAGCAGAAGACCCCUUCGCCGGCAUCAAAGAAAAAGUUCAGGCCUCUCUCGUUCGACUCGGCCAACUCCAAGUAUAAGCUCCCACCCCUAAACGUGGCACUCACCAACGGAGCAGCCCCAGUUGCACACGAGAAGAAUACGGAGCAGGACGCCGUUUUCUCACUCAUGUCGCUUUCAUCACCGCAGUCGGUGAAGUUCACCCACAGCCGGACCCAAAGCUUGAACAACACCGGCUCGCCUGAGUCAUCACGGUCUUCUUCAGUCGUGCUUCCGCUCCCACUCCCCAGCCCAUCUCAGCUUCAUUCGCAUCACCGAACGAUGUCACAGGGUCAGACACUCCCGCCAAUUAGCGGGAUCCUUAACGAGGGGGGUAGAGCGGAUAAUGAUGCCACCGACAUCGAGGACGAUAUGACUGACGAGGAUCACGACACCACCAUAUGAUUUCGCUUCUUGAUAUGUAUUUGUAUUGUGUAUCAUUAAUGUAACAUUAAUAAUAGU